AUGUCUCUUGCUCAGAGCCACUACGUUGUAAAACUUCCCGUGACCCCGUCGACGACUUGGGAAUUAAAACCUCGGUCAGUCACCCAGCGAUGGAUCACAAACCUCGAGGCCCUCUUGCAUAGCGGGAAAUUUUCCCGGCUCUCAGAGCUUUUCCAUGAAGAGUCUUGGUGGCGGGAUAUGCUGGCCUUGGACUGGGACUUUCAUACAAUCCAAAAUUGUAGUUCGAUCCAGGAUUUUCUUCAUCGCAGCCAGCCUCACGCUCAGCUUUCGGCAUUUCGACUGCAGCACGAGGGCAAGUUACAGCCUCAGCUUGAAAAGCCGCUGGAAAACUUGAACUGGAUAUCAUCGAUGUUUUUCUUUGAAACUCAGGUUGGACGAGGGGCGGGUGUCAUUCGUUUAACCCAGGACGAUGCCGGUGCAUGGAAAGCCUAUUCAGUGUAUACGUCUUUGCAAGAGUUGAAAAACUUUGAGGAGCCUCUUGGUUCGAGAAGAGUGAACGGAACAAUCGAAUCAAUGCCAGGGGGCUUGAGUAAAGGGAAUUGGGUUGAACGACGUCAAAGGGAGAUCGAAUUUUUAGACGAGGAACCAACCGCAUUGGUCAUCGGUGCUGGCCAAGCUGGUCUCAAUAUGGGUGCUCGACUAGAGUCCCUCGGUGUUUCGUGUCUUAUCAUUGACCGCAAUGAGAGGAUUGGUGACAACUGGAGAAAACGUUACAGGACCCUUGUGACGCACGACCCGGCAGAGUUUACUCAUAUGGCCUAUCUCCCUUUCCCAAAGAAUUGGCCUCAAUUUACCUCAAAAGACAAGCUCGCCGAUUGGUUCGAAGCAUAUGCUAGCAUAAUGGAGCUAAACGUAUGGCUUCGCACAAGUAUCAAGUCUGCAGUGUAUGAUGAUGUAAAGUCGGAAUGGACAGUAAUCGUCAGACGAGGUGACGGCUCUGAGCGCACAAUUCGCCCGCGUCAUUUAGUCUGGUGCACUGGUCACUCUGGCGAACCCAAGAUUCCUACAUUUCCUGGUCAGGUACAGUUCAAGGGAACCGUCUACCAUGCCAGCCAACACAAUGAUGCUUCUGAGCAUGAUGUGAAAGGCAAAAAAGUAGUCGUUGUUGGUACCGGAAACAGCGGCCAUGAUAUUGCCCAAAAUUUCUAUGAAAAUGGGGCCGAAGUGACUAUGCUCCAGCGCCGUGGAACAUACGUCAUCACAGCCAACAAAGGUGUUUUCAUGAUGCAUGAAGGCCUUCAUGAAGAAAAUGGCCCUCCUACCGAGGAAGCAGAUAUCAUAGCUGAGAGCCUACCUUUCCCCGUACAAUUUGCACUUGCAACCCACUUCACAAAUAGAGUAUAUGAAGCGGAGAAAGAUAUUCUAGAAGGUCUGCGAAAAGCAGGAUUCGAGCUUGACUUCGGUGUAGAUGGUGCCGGCAUCACCCGUGCAUACAUAACACGGGGCGGAGGCUAUUAUAUUGAUGUCGGUUGCAGUGCAUUAAUCGCCGGUGGCAAAAUCAAAAUCAAGCGUAGUCCCGAGGGGAUCUCCUCCUUCAACGAGCAUGGGCUGGUCCUUAAAGACGGCAGUACAUUGGAAGCAGACAUAGUCGUACUGGCUACAGGAUAUGACAACAUGCGCACCACUGUCCGCAAGGCACUAGGAGAUCAAGUGGCCGAUCGGUGCAAGGAUGUCUGGGAUUUGGAUGAGGAGGGUGAAGUGAAUGCGAUGUGGCGACCUAGUGGUCAUCCGGGGUUCUGGUACAUGGGUGGAAACCUUGCUCUUUGUCGCAUUUAUUCCAAAUUCCUGGCGUUGCAAAUAAAAGCAACUGAGGCUGGACUGGUAGCACCAAACCCCCUUUAA